AUGGAAGAACUGAACAGAACACAGAACACAGAACUGAACAGAACACAGAACACAGAACUGAACUAUUUGAAGAAAACUGGCCACCGCGUACCGCGCGGGAGCAACCAGAGUGGUGCCAGCCACUGGCAGCUCACCGGCAACGUCCAAGUCACCCGCACCGGUUCCCCCAUACGCCCCGGCCACUUCGGCACCGCUCCAACCAUGACCGGAACUCCUCAGCUCGUAGCCCAGCCCACGUCCACACCCGACAAUGUGAACGGUGAUUGCUUCCUACGAAAUUCAUACAAUGCGGCGCCGUGCGGGUGUGGUCAGGGGUACAUAGAGUACCCGCUGCCGACGCCGUGGUUGGGUAGCACAUGCGGAGCGGGCUUCGAGUCCGGGGUGGUGCCUGCCUCUGACGGUGGGGGCUUCGCGGUGAGGAGCGCCUCGCCCGUACCGCCUAGCGGAGUGUCGGUGUUGUCGGAGAACGAGUAUUCCGGUGCCCUGGCCGUAGUGGGCCAGGUGCCCUUCCUGGGCACAGCGUACUUGGAGAGCGCGGUGCCAUCCGCAGGCGCCGGGGCCGUUACCUACGGCUGCGGCUACGACGACGUGCGCAUCAUUAGCGAGGAGGGCGCCGCCCCUGGCGUCCUCUCGGGCGCAGGCUGUGCUGCUUUACCUGGCGCCGGCGCCCCUUGGGCCACCAAUUUAGGCCACAUAAAUGGAUGGGGUAACUGCGGCUGCGGCCGAGGAUUAUCGGCUCUU